AUGUCAUCGUGUGAAGAGUACGGCAAGGACAAGGUGGUCUUCCUGACCAAAGAAGACAGCGCCAGAGGCGAGUCCAAAAUUGAGCUUAAGGACAUGCCGGACGACUACAAUCGUGGUCUGAUCAUGCCCAAUGGUGACAUCAACUUUGCCUGCCCUUGUCUGGGCGGCAUGGCCUCAGGUCCUUGUGGGUUCGAGUUUCGGGACGCCUUUAGCUGUUUUCACUACUCGACGGCUGAAGUGAAAGGCAGUGAUUGCGUUGACAAGUUUAUGGAGAUGCAAAGCUGCAUGACAAAGUACCCGAAUUUGUACUCGCAAGAGAACAAUGCCAUCAACCAGGAUCCAAGCGGGGCAGACCCACUGAACAUGAAAAGUCUCGAAAUGGAAGCAUCGUCUACCAACGAAACGUCAACCGAAGUUCAAACCUCAAAAGCGCAGUGA